AUGGCACUGCGCACCGGGAGGACUUGGUUUGGGCAGGUCUUGCGCAGGCUCUUCCGGCUGCAGGGCUCCCGGUCCAGGCGAUCCAGCAGCCUCUUGUGUCUCUCCUCGAACCAGGAGCAGGACCUGGGAGUCUGCCACCACACCGGGGGGGGGGAUCACUACCAGGUGGGGGAUCUCCACCGCCGCUGCUGCUGCUGCUGCUGCCACGACCGCUGUCACCGGAGCGCACCGUUCUGCGCCUCCGCCUCCGGGCGCUGUCCGCGCGGCUUCCCCCCCCAACACCAUCACCUACACCACCCCGCUCGCUGCUGCGCCUUCCCGGGGAACUCGAGGGGACAUGAGCCCCUCGGCCGCCGGUUCCUGUUGGCCAUGAAGCGGCAAAACGUGCGGACCUUGUCCCUGAUCGUGUGCACGUUCACGUACCUGCUGGUCGGCGCCGCCGUGUUCGACGCCCUGGAGUCGGACUACGAGAUGCUGGAGAAGGAGCAGCUGGAAGCCGUGGAGAAGCGUCUCCAGGGGAAGUACAACAUCAGCGCGGCGGACUACCGCAAGCUGGAGAACAUCAUCAUGAAGGCGGAGCCGCACCGGGCCGGCGUGCAGUGGAAAUUCGCGGGCUCGUUUUACUUUGCCAUCACGGUGAUCACCACCAUCGGCUACGGGCAUGCGGCGCCGGGGACCAACGCGGGGAAGUCCUUUUGCAUGUUUUACGCCGUCCUGGGAAUCCCCUUGACUCUCGUCAUGUUCCAGAGCCUGGGCGAGAGGAUGAACACGUUCGUCAAGUACCUCCUGAAGCGCAUCAAGAAGUGCUGCGGCAUGAGCAUCACCGACGUGUCCAUGGAGAACAUGGUGACGGUGGGCUUCUUCUCCUGCAUCGGCACGCUGUGCAUCGGCGCCGCCGCCUUCUCCCACUACGAGGACUGGAGCUUCUUCCAGUCGUAUUACUACUGCUUCAUCACAUUAACUACGAUAGGCUUCGGGGACUUUGUGGCCCUUCAAAAGAACCGCGCCCUCCAGAAGAAGCCCCUGUACGUGGCCUUUAGCUUCAUGUACAUCCUGGUGGGCCUGACGGUCAUUGGGGCCUUCCUCAACCUGGUGGUGCUCCGGUUCCUGACGAUGAACAGCGAGGACGAGCGGCGGGACGCCGAGGAGCGCGCCUCGCUGGCGGGCAACCGGAACAGCAUGAUCAUCCACAUCCAGGACGAUUCGCUGCAGCGGGGCCAGCGGCCCGAAGUGGCCGAUUUGCAGUCGGUAUGCUCCUGCAUGCACUACCACUCGCACGACUUCGGCAGCGCCGGGGGAGGGAUGGGAGGCCUCGGCUGCACCUUCUCCCAUCAGAACUCGUUCAGCUCGCAGCUGAAUCCCAAUCAGUACUUUCACUCGGUUUCCUACAGGAUCGAGGAGAUCUCGCCGAGCACCUUGAAAAACAGCUUUUUCCCUUCGCCCGUCAGCUCGGUGUCUCCGGGCCUCCGCAGCUUCACGGACGACCACCAGCUCAUGAGGAGAAGGAAAUCCAUCUAA